AUGAAAGACCAAAAACAACAACGUAGUAAUACACUUUCUUCAAGAUCAAGACGUCGAUUAUCUUAUGAUCGGAAUCAAUAUAACAGAGAAAUGUUUAAUAAAGCGUACACUUUACCAGCUCCUGUUAUUUCGACUGAUCCAAUGACGAAAACGGAAUUAACCCAAUCUAAUUCUAUCUCGGCUUCGUUUCAUUAUUUUGACGAACCUUUCUCUUACACUGGCCUCUCUAGUCCAAAAUUAAGUCCUAUCCGUUCAAAUUCAAGAUCAAAAAAUGAUCAGAAAAAUAAGGAUUUUGGUAAAGAAAUUACGGAUAAUUUCUUGUUCAAGGAUAGUUGGCCACAAGAAAUUGAGAGAGUUAUACAUUAUGAAAAAGUAGAAUUAAGAAAAAUUCCGAAUAAUAUAUAA